AUGUCGACCCUCAAGCGCAAGGCCGGCACGCUGUCGUCCGCGGACAGCAAGAAACCCAAGCAGGACGGCAGUAUCAUGUCCUUCUUCGGCGCCCCGAAACCGGUUGCUAAGGGCUCCGCCGCCGCAGGGAGCGGCAACGGCGCUGUGGCUGCAACCGCCGUCACCGAUGCGCCGGCUCCCAAGUUCGACAAGGAGAAGUGGGUCGCCGGACUGACGGCCGAGCAGAAGGAGCUGCUCCAGCUCGAGAUCGACACCUUGCACGAGAGCUGGCUGGCACACCUCAAGGAUGAGGUCACGAGCAAGGAGUUCCUCGACCUCAAGAGGUUCUUGAACAGGGAAACUAGUGCAGGAAGGAAGUGGUUUCCUCCAAAGGAGGAUGUGUACUCUUGGUCCGUUUCCCAAUCCCACUACCCCAGCGCACUCAAUACGUCCCGCCAUACCCCCUUCAACAACGUCAAAGUCGUCAUCGUCGGCCAAGACCCCUACCACAACCACAACCAAGCCCACGGCCUGGCCUUCUCCGUCCGCCCCCCGACCCCGGCCCCCCCUUCGCUCAAGAACAUGUACAUCGCCCUCAGGAAGGACUACCCGAGCUUCAGCCCGCCUCCCAAGAACGGCGGCCUGCUGACCCCGUGGGCGGACCGCGGCGUGCUCAUGCUCAACACCUGCCUGACGGUCCGCGCGCACGAGGCCAACUCGCACUCGAACCGCGGCUGGGAGCGCUUCACGCAAAAGGUCAUUGACCUCGUCGCGCAGAAACGCUCUCGCGGCGUCGUCUACAUGGCGUGGGGCACGCCCGCCGGCAAGCGCGUCGUCAAGAUUGACGCCAAGAAGCAUCUCAUCCUCAAGAGCGUGCACCCCAGCCCGCUGAGUGCGUCGAGGGGCUUCUUCGACUGCGGACACUUCCGCAAGGCCAACGACUGGCUUGUCGAGCGGUACGGCGCUGGCGCUGAGAUUGACUGGGACCUGAGCGGGGCCAAGAAGGUUGAGGCCCCGGCCCCGGCCCCGGUGGAGAAGAAGGAGGAGGACGACGAUGACGAAGUCGACGAGGACGCCAUGGCGGCUAUGGCGGCUGCGGCGGAGGAAGAGGCCGAGACGAAGGUCUCGCCCAAGAAGGAGUAA